AUGUCCACGGCCGAAGGCAGGUGUCGAAUAUGUCAUGUGAGCAAAGGGACACUUAUAACUCCUUGCAAGUGUGAGGGCUCAAUUCGUUGUGCGCACUCGAAGUGCUUGUUGGAUUGGGUGUACCAACGUCAAUCACUUUCCUGCGAGGUAUGUGGAGCAACUUACAAUGCUGUGAAGGUAUACAACUUUCAUUUAGCGGACGGGGAACCUGGAUUUUUCACGUUGUGCUGGAUUUGUGCCAGGUGCUGCCUGGUACGCUGUCUUGGAACACUAACCUUUGUGGUGCUCAAUGCGUUUCUGCUUAUUCUGCUUCCCUUCGUUGUGGCGUUUUUUUAUUACGCCGUCCCUCCAUUUGACCCUGUCACCCCACCGUGGGCCUCUGCCAUUCAGCUAGUUCCAGAGUUGGGUUACUUCUCGCCGUUUUUUUUUUUGUUGUGGGUGUGGAGCUCACCCUUUGUGCAAUCCCCUUUUGCUUUUUGUGGUAUCACUGCCUUAUGUGGUUUUACUCAAUGGAAGAUCUGCCUGGGAUGA